AUGGCGGAUCCAGAGCUCUUGUCGCUCGUCACGGAGCUGUCCAAACACGCCAACACAUACGUCCCUUCAACCGAACAGGAUGCCGCAUCUUCUGCAAGCAAAGCGGCGUUAAUCAGUCUCACGAAGAGGAUCAUGCACCAAGUCAUGGAUCCAGGGAUGAUGGUUCAAGCCCAUUCGCUUCAGAUGGCGGAACUGGUUUGUAUCCGAACGCUAUUGGACCUGAAAGUGUUCGAGCACUUGCCCACAGAGCAUGGCCAGACAAUCACAGCGAAGGAGCUGAGCGAAAGGUCAGGCGUUCAAGAAGCUUUACUUGAACGACUUCUCCGUCCGCUCGUGGCAUCGAGAUUCAUCACCCAGUCGUACACAGAUGGCUCGUACGGCUCGACAAAGUUCUCGCAAGCUUACACCUCGUUUCCCGGCCUAUUCUUCACCUUGAUGUUCGAUCACUUUCUACAACCCAUGACCGACCUACCAAAAUACCUCAAGAAACAUGGGCCCGUGGAACCAACGUCGUUCUACGUGAAUCCAUACUCCGACUACCACAACGCAAGUGACUCGGGGUUGACGACCUGGGAAAUCAUGUCCAAGGACCCGGCAAAAUUGAAGACGUUUCAGAUCGGCCUAACCACCGGGGACGCCUUGGUCCCUGUGACGGGGUACUACGACUUCGACCAGCUUGCGCUAACCGAGGAAGAACUGGGCCACAAUCCGGAGCGUGUCAGCCUUGUCGACAUCGGUGGUGGAGUGGGAAACACUGUCAAGAGGAUUUUGGACGCCUACAAGAAACUGGAUCCAAAGCACGUGGUGUUACAAGACCAGGAAAAUGUUAUUGACAUGGCGGCGAAGGAGAAGAUUGUCCCGGAGGGAGUCAGACUGAUGAAACACGAUUUUUGGACCCCACAGCCUGUCAAAGGUGCCAAAGCAUACUAUUUCCGCCGCGUGUUCCAUGACUACAGUGACGAGCUGUGCGCCAAAGCGCUACGCCAAAUCAUUCCGGCCAUGGCUCCGGACUCGCGUGUGCUCGUUGCAGACAUGCUCCUGCCCCACAUCAUGACUGAGGCCGAAGCCCAUACCGCCGCCCUCGACGUCGCGUGUAUGGUCAUGGGCGGCAAAGAGAGGACCGCGCAGGAUUUCUACCGCCUAUUCGAUUCCGUUGGGCUUGAGGUCGUCACGAUCCAUCAUGCUCCAGGGGGUGCGGCGGGUGUAGUCGAGGGGAAGUUGAAGACAGAAUAG